GGAGCGCCGCCGCCGCCGCCUCCGCCGGAGCGCGGGUGGAGGGGGGCGGGGAGAGCUGCCUGCCGCCCCGCUCCGCCGAGCCCAGCAGGAAGGAGGGCGCGAGCGGGCGAGCGCGGGCGGCGCAAGCGAAAAAAGCGCCCGUGCAAGGGAGCGAAAAGAAGGAAAGAAAGAAAGAAAAACGAGCGCGAGAGAGGGAAAAGCGAGCGAUUGAGGAGCGCGCGCGCGAAAACUCCCGGCAGAAGUUUGGUUUUGGACAUUGAAAGGAGCCUGUGGAGAGGCGAACAGAGUGUCCUGAGAAGCAAGGCCUGCUCUGUGGGGAGCAGAAACGCCUUCGGAGAACAGAAAUUCCCGCGGAAAGGAUCACUUUCAUCUGGACCCUUGGAUGCCCACUGACAGAUGCUUGAGACCUGCAAGUAAUCUUCAGAUCAUAGCAGAACUGUAAGGCCUAUCCUUUGUGUGGGGAGGAGAUAGUCCAUGUGCUGUGGAAAUGAACGGGGAGCAGCAGCUUGAUGCAGAUGCUGGAUCUGGUGUGGAAGAAGUGGAAUUAAGCUGGGAAGAUUAUCUAGAAGAGACAGGGUCCACAGCAGUUCCCUAUGGAUCUUUCAAACAUGUGGACACACGUUUGCAAAAUGGAUUUGCUCCUGGGAUGAAACUGGAGGUGGUUGUGAAGACAGAUCCUGAAACUUACUGGGUUGCCACCAUCAUUACCACCUGUGAGCAGUUACUCCUUCUCCGCUACGAUGGCUAUGGGGAGGACCGGAGAGCGGACUUCUGGUGUGACAUCAGAAAGGCUGACCUCUACCCCAUUGGGUGGUGUGAGCAGAAUAAGAAGACCCUGAAAGCACCAGAAGGCAUCAGAGAUAAGGUGUCUGAUUGGGAUGCGUUCCUGCGGCAGACCCUGAUGGGAGCAUGCAGUCCUCCUGUCCCGCUGCUAGAGGGCCUCCGUAAUGGGAGGAAUCCUUUAGAUCUCAUUGCUCCAGGUUCCAGGCUAGAAUGUCAAGCUUUCCAGGACUCUUUAAGCACUUGGAUUGUUACUGUAGUUGAAAACAUUGGGGGAAGGCUGAAGCUGUGUUAUGAAGGACUUGAAAGUUCUGACAGUUUUGGACAUUGGUUGUAUUACUUGCAUCCAUUUCUUCAUCACGUUGGUUGGUCAGCUCAACAGGGAUAUGAAAUUCAGCCCCCAUUAGCCAUCAGACACCUGAAAAAUGAGGCUGAGUGGCAGGAGAUCUUGGCCAAAGUCAAAGAGGAGGAAGAAGAGCCAUUACCAUCUUACUUAUUUAAGGACAAACAAGUGACUGGCACACAUUCAUUCUCUGUACAUAUGAAAUUGGAAGCUGUGGACCCCUGGUCUCCUUUUGGGAUCUUUCCUGCUACAGUUGUUAAGGUUUUCGAUGAGAGGUACUUUCUGGUAGAAAUGGAUGACUUGAGACCGGAGAGUCGUGCGAGGCGAUCUUUUGUGUGUCAUGCUGACAGUCCUGGUAUUUUCCCUGUGCAGUGGAGUCUGAAGAAUGGUUUACACAUCAGCCCCCCUCCUGGCUACCCAGGCCAGGACUUUGACUGGGCUGACUACCUCAAACAGUGUGGUGCUGAAGCUGCUCCCCAGAGGUGCUUCCCGCAGUCAAUUGCUGAGCAUGAAUUUAAGGAGAACAUGAAGCUAGAAGCAGUGAACCCUCUUCUCCCCGAAGAAGUAUGCAUCGCCACCAUUACCGCAGUGAGAGGCUCAUACCUAUGGCUCCAACUGGAGGGUAAAAUACCAUCCUCGAGGACUGUCCAUGAGGGCCUGAAGAAUCAGGAGCUGAACACCACAGACUCAGUUAUAAUUAAUGGAAAAUAUUGCUGUCCAAAGAUAUACUUCAACCACCGUUGCUUCUCAGGGCCAUAUCUUAACAAAGGAAGAAUUGCUGAGCUGCCUCAGUGUGUAGGACCUGGGAACUGUGUUCUGGUCCUCAGAGAGGUCCUCACUUUACUUAUCAAUGCAGCCUAUAAACCUAGUCGUGUCCUUCGGGAGCUGCAGCUGGAUAAAGACUCUGUGUGGCAUGGAUGUGGGGAAGUCCUAAAAGCCAAAUACAAAGGGAAGAGUUAUCGGGCUACUGUUGAGAUAGUGAAAACAGCAGAUCGGGUGACUGAAUUCUGCCGGCAGACCUGUAUCAAACUGGAGUGCUGUCCUAACCUAUUCGGUCCACGGAUGGUUCUGGAUAAGUGUUCUGAGAACUGCUCUGUACUUACGAAGACCAAAUAUACACACUAUUAUGGAAAGAAGAAAAGUAAAAGAAUUGGGAGGCCACCUGGUGGGCAUAGUAACUUAGCAUGUGCUCUGAAAAAAGCCAGUAAGAGGAGAAAGAGGCGGAAAAAUGUUUUUGUUCAUAAGAAGAAGCGCUCUUCUGCAUCUGUUGAUAAUACCCCGGCGGGCUCUCCCCAGGGAAGUGGGGGUGAAGAUGAGGAUGACCCAGAUGAAGGAGAUGACGACUCCCUAAGUGAGGGCAGUACAUCUGAGCAGCAGGAUGAGCUACAGGAAGAGUCAGAAAUGUCAGAGAAAAAGUCAUGUUCCUCCUCUCCCACCCAAAGUGAGAUAUCCACAUCGAUGCCUCCAGACAGACAAAGGAGAAAAAGAGAGCUUCGCACAUUUUCAUUUUCUGAUGAUGAGAAUAAACCUCCUUCACCAAAGGAAAUAAGGAUUGAAGUUGCUGAAAGGCUUCACCUGGACAGUAACCCCCUGAAGUGGAGCGUGGCCGAUGUUGUGCGGUUCAUCAGAUCCACGGACUGUGCUCCAUUAGCAAGAAUAUUCCUAGACCAGGAAAUUGAUGGGCAGGCCCUGCUGCUCCUCACCCUUCCCACUGUUCAAGAGUGCAUGGACUUAAAAUUGGGCCCUGCCAUUAAACUUUGCCAUCACAUAGAGAGGAUCAAGUUUGCUUUUUAUGAGCAGUUUGCCAACUGAGAAGGACAACCAAAGUGAGCUGUAUCUACGAAGCACAAAUGCAGCAAAUCCUUCGCCUGCUCUACAUGUGGAGCUGAAACAGUCCUGGGGCUCUGGGCCCUGCAGGUGUAGGCUUGCUCUCUUUGCACUUUCAGGGAAGGAGGACCCACACCAAGGAAGCAAAAACUGCACAGAAGUUGCUCUCCUGCCAGUGGAAAUGUGGGCAUCUCUCGUUCAGCCGAUUGCAGUUUUUAAAAAAUAAAGGUUGUGAAGAAAAGACUGAUGAUAUAAGAAGAAUAAGCAUUUCCAGUGGCGUGGCCGAAAAACGAAGAAGAAUAGGCUGCUGGAAAGCACCCUUUUGGUUGUUUUCUUUUUGUUCUGUCCCUUCCCAUUGUAGGAAUAAACUUUGUUCUCUGCUUUCUCUUUCUUGGAAAGAGAGGACAUAGCUUUAAGUCAGUGCUGAUUUGGGACUGUGCCUAAGGCACAUCAGUGCUUCACUAUCAUUGUGUUUUUGAGCUUUUUAAAUUAAAACAGUUCAUUUUGGGGAUGA